CGCAGAUCUUCUAUUGUUCAUUUCGAUCUGAUGACUCCAAUGGAACAUGCUGCUUCGUCUGUAUUUCGAAGGAUGCCAAAUAAGUAAAUACAUUUUUGCCCAAUUUAACUUCUACUUACUGAUAUGCUCCGAUAUCGAGAAAACGUGUCUAUCUCGUUCCUCAGGCAUAUGUAGAUUUUCAUUUGAAUCUACCGUUGUUAUAACAGAUCGUAAACCUAUUGAUGCUGAUAUUCAUAAGUUAAAAGUCUUGAUGUAUUUCCAUUGAUAGCGAAGUUUACCUGGAUCUAUGCCAAUGAUUCUUGCAUUGGGGUCAAGUCCAGUUGGUUCUUUCUUCAAGUGGUAUAAACCACUACGCCAACCAGUCAUGUCCGGCUCACGCGGAAGGAAAUCAAAUUCUCUCUUCGAUGAAGGGAAUGGGACUGCCAUUUACAAGAUACACAAAUCACCUUACCAAGGAAUGCUCUCUGGUCGUCAUUGUUUCGAAUUGGAUGAAGAGCACUCUUGCUCAACAAAGAUUGGACGCUGAACAACAGCCCAAGUUUGCUUGCGCCCAAGUACUGAGUGGCUCAAUACUCAAGAAUGUUAUUAAGAGUGAUACUAUUCUGGUGAAUGCGGUAGAGGCCUAUGGUCGGACGAAAUCGGUAGAUGCCCACCGCCAGCUGUCUACUUCGGGCUCCUCAAUUCUCACAGCCAGUCCGAAGUAUCGACAUAUGGCCAUGUAUUCAAACCACCAGAGAUGGUUCCAAGCUGGUGGUUGGAACGCAAAUGUGCGACUGCUUGGGCACGUCAGCCGUCCGACUUGAUCAAAAAGAAGAACCCAAAGUGGGACCAUUGUCUUUUUACUUUGCUGCAUCUCCACAGUAUACCAAGAUUGUUAUCGACCAAGACAGCGGGAUGAAAGCCCCGGAGAUCGAGUCAAAUGCAUCGACACGGUCAGUCGAGCCUUACAAUGCGGUUGGCCAAGCAAGACAGUUGGACAAAAG